UGAUCUCGCAGCAGUUUGAUGUCAAAAGAGUAGCCAUUUUAGAAAAUCAAAACAGUGAAAAUUCUGUGCAAGCGCGUGAAAGCGCAAAAUUCGGUGUUCCGUCGGUGAUGAGUGCGCUAGAAAUGUUUUGAAAGGACUGUUAAGUGUGUGUCGUGCAAGUCAAAAUGUGGCUGCGAAGCGAAACUCGGGAUCGACGACUGCGUUCAAGUAGUACACGAAACGCGGUCAAGUUUAAAUCAUCACUCAAGGUGGCUAGCCAAAAGGCAAAAAAGAGUUCGUCCAUAGAACUCGUGGUGUCCUCGUCCCGGCGAACCGUGCCAUGUCGAUCGGACAUAUCGACGACGAUUGCUGAACCUACGUCCACUGUGGUGUCUAGAUGUAAAAGCACCGCCACACCCAUUGCAGCAUCGCGAUCGAUCGGUUCCAGACGCACGACGGCGGUGGCGGCGGCGGCGGCGGCAUCGCCCGUCAAGGCAACAAAAAGAAACCAUCGCCCAACUGCUGGCGGUGACGAUGGUGUAAGCAAAGCAGACAGCCGCGACGCUGUAACUAUUCCGGACGAUUGCAAGGAAAACUGCUGGCAGGAUACAAACGAUCUCACCCUGUUCGAUGGCACCACAGUUAUCGAUCAAAAGCACUUUGAAGAUUCACCUACACACUCCAGUUGUGCUGGUCCUCAGCAACUAACGGCAGGCAAUGUUUCUUCUAACAAUGGCACAACACCACAUACCGAAACGGAAGGUAUGAACUAUUCCACUGAAACCACCGAAUGUGGAUUAUACACGAAAAAAGUUACCGACGAUCUGGGAUCGGCCGAAGAUGCACUGAACCAGUUCGGUAUAAUUUCGUACGAUUCCAACAAAAACACACUGUUGGGUCAUCCGACUGUGUUGCCAUCGAUGAUCAGUACAUCGCUGGCGAGCAGCAUCGUUGCAGGUGCAUCCUCAUCGAAGGAAGAGCUGCAGCCGCUAAACUCGAAAUGCGUCACCGAGUGCGACAGUACAACGGCGGAUCUGGGCAGCGAUGUGUCGGGCGCGUGUAUUAGUAACGUUAAAGAUGUAGUUAACAGCAGUUGCUGCGUGGAUGAGGAUACAAUCCUGCCAUCCACCUCAUCUGAGGGAAACUUUCCAAAGUCAAGUGCAAUCAUAUCUUCUCAAUCGCUAGAUAUCGUUGUACCGGAGGUCGACUCAACCACGGAUACCGUACCUCCGGAUACGUCGUCUACUGUUAAUCUUAUUGCCGGCGAUAUGAUCGCCUCUUUCCCUCUAACCACUUCUUCCAUCGGAAUGUCUGGAUCAUCGAUGUCGUCGUCGUCGUCGUCAUCAUCAUCGUCGUCUUCAUCCUCGUCAUCCUCGUCUUCAUCGUCGUCAUCGUCCUCGUCGACAUCAUCAUCUUCGUGCAAUACAUCACUGGGUGCGUCCGUAUCCGCAGUAUCGAUGGCAGCUUCCUCACUGUCAUCCAAUUUCCAACCCAUCGCGUACAGCAACUGUUCGUCGCUAUCUGCAAACGGAUACGAAGAGCAACCACAAUCGAGCUAUUCGCCGAGUCAGACGGCGGCAGCCGUCGCAGUUGCGUCUGAUUUGAUUUCCAUGUUCGACGAGGAACACUACAAAAACGCCACCGAUCUCGGCCAGUACACGGAUUUUACGUACAACGCGCUGCUCACCCAAGCACUGCUCAGUUGUGGUGAUGCGGCAGCAGCGGCCGGCCUGAAUCUGAGCUGUGGCCAAUCCAGCACAGACGGUUUGAACGAUUCCGCGUUCUUUUCGUCCCUCAAUACAACGGCCAUCGAAAAUCUGAAAGCGCUUACGUCCCUUUCGAGCAUGGGCCAUAAUAUGGAUGGGAUGAUGCUGGAUGAAAGUGCAAAUUUAUCGCCCAACAUUGGUACGGCAGGUUACAUGACUGAAUACGGCAGUAUGCAUCAGGAGCAGCAGCAGCAACAUCAUCUGCAACAUCAACGGGCGAUGAAUGGAUCAGAACAGGAAACGCUGAUCCACAAUAUCGAGUGCAAUGAAUCAAUACCGAUGUGCGGUGAUGAUACGGAGACAAGUAUGCAGCUAGAAAAUAACGAAUGCAUAGAAAUGGAUGAAUCGAACGAUGGACAGCACGAUGAUGCUGCUUACCGGGCCUUUGAUCCUUAUUUGUUCAUCAAGCAGCUUCCUCCACUGACCUGCGAAAUGCGUUCCAAAUGUCCAGCAUUGCCGCUCAAGACACGGUCCAGUCCCGAGUUUAGUUUGGUGCUCGAUCUGGACGAAACAUUGGUUCACUGCAGUCUGAUGGAGCUGUCCGAUGCAAGUUUCAAGUUUCCGGUGCUAUUUCAAGAGUGCAAAUACACGGUGUUCGUUCGCACCAGACCUUACUUUCGCGAGUUUCUCGAGAAGGUGUCGCAGAUGUUCGAGGUGAUUCUGUUCACUGCCUCGAAGCGGGUCUAUGCCGACAAGCUGCUCAAUCUGCUCGAUCCAGACCGCCGUCUCAUUAAAUAUCGUUUGUUCCGCGAGCAUUGUGUGCUAGUCAACGGAAAUUACAUUAAAGAUUUGACUAUUCUGGGCAGAGAUCUCUCCAAAACCAUUAUCAUAGAUAAUUCGCCCCAAGCAUUUGGAUAUCAACUAGAGAACGGUAUUCCAAUAGAGAGUUGGUUUGUCGAUCAAAGUGAUUCUGAGCUGAUGAAAAUUCUACCAUUUUUGGAACGCCUAGUUGAGAUGCGCGAAGAUGUUCGUCCGCACAUUCGUGAAAAGUUUCGACUGUUUUCGUUUUUACCACCAGAUUAA